AUGGACACUCUUGGCGCUGCAGAGGACGUGUUUUAUGAGGAGGAGGAGGAGGAGGAGGAGGUGAACUGCUACGACUUUGAGCCUCUGCCGACGCUGCUGGAGGAUGAGGAGAAUGUGUCCCUUGCUGAUAUUUUGUCACUGCGGGAUAGCUGUCUUACUGAGCAAGAUAUUUGGGCAAUUUGCCUGGAGUGUUGCCAUUCUUUGAAGAGCAUUGCCCAUUCUGCAAUCUUCCAGACACUCUGCAUCACUCCUGACACUUUGGCUUUUAACACCAAUGGCAAUGUAUGCUUCAUGGAACAGCUCAGUGAUGAUCCAGAAGGUGCCUUUGUUCCACCAGAAUUUGAUAUCACCGGUAACACUUUUGAGGCACACAUCUAUUCUUUGGGUGCAACACUGAAAGCAGCAAUAGAAUAUAUUGUAGAACCUGAGACAGAAUCAGAAUUUGGACAAGAUCUGCACACUCUGCUGGAACAAAUGCAAGAAGAGAAUCCUGAAAAUAGGCCUGAUAUUGAGAGCAUUUUGUCAUUAUGUGAGGAAAAAAUGAAGAUUGCUUCAUCAAGUAAUAUUUGUCGAAGCUUGUCUGCUGUUGGAAGAAGAGUUCUUUCAAUUGAAUCAUUCGGUGCUUCUCAAGAUGUCUGUGAUAACAUGUGGAAGGGAAGAAUGUGUCAGAGAAGUUUGGGAUCUAAAUUAUAUUCAAAUGAGAAAAGCAACAUUGUAGGUGAUUCGUCUGCAGUGGAAGAGGUGACGACUGCCUGUCAUAACAACUCUUCUGUAGUUACCAUGGUGACUGGCAGAGAAAGUCGUUUAAAGGAAAUGCAAAUUGAUCUGGAUAAUGAGAAAACUCAACAUUCUCAACUUGCAACUCAAACUGAAAAGAGCAAAGAAGAGGACAAACACGCAGUGUAUACUGACAGUUUUGCUAGUGUUGCUUUGGACAUAAAAUCAUGUGUUAUUGACCUGGAAAGAGAUGGUCUUUUUAAGAAAGGUUCUUUGAGAAAAAUGAAAACCUUUCCAAAGCUACCACUCGAACUUACAGAUACAAAUAACUUUUUUACUUCUGUAACCAACAGUGGACCACUAGAUAGAAAAAAUCACUUUGUAACACAAGAGUCACUACCUCUAGACAAUAAUAAUGAGGUUGCUUUUUCAAAGGGAAAUCUCAAUUCAUUUGCUGUCAGUAGUCCACCAGAAACAGAAUCAAAGAAUCACCAAGUUGAUGAUCAUCAUUUAGAAGCGCCAUGUGUAUGCACGCAAGUGUCUGGCUUGAAUCUAGAUGAACAUAUGUCACUUAUCAAUGGUAAAAAGAUGAGUUUUUCUUCAUCUGGUCACAAAGAAGACUCUUCUGGUGCUACCUCUGAAGUGCUGAAACUAGGUGAUAUGUUAAAAGGCCCAAAUCAGUCAAUUGCUGGAGCAAAAAUGUUAGACAACUACAUGGUGUUGGAAGACUGUUCUGAAACUUUUCAGGGGUCAAAUGAAAAUUAUGUACCACAUUUUAACAAGAUGGAUUCAGUGUUAACAACAAAACCCAGUGGGACCAGACAUGGAUCAAACCUAAUUAGGCCACCAGAAUUAAGCAACGGUGUGAUGAGUGCAAAUAAUAAUGAAGAUAACCUUUGUGGAGGCAGAGGUUCAGAAAUCAAAAGUAAUGAGCAGUGGAUCUCUCUAAAGCUCCUGUUGUCCUGGUAUGGUAGGCCUCUGAAAGACUAUGAACUCUGGGCAUUAUGUCAUGAGUGUUUAUGUACUCUGCAGACUUGCAUAGAUCAUCCAGUGGUCUUAUGUUUGGACUCUGUGCUGAUUGACUGCCAUGGAAGGAUCCUCUUUGCUGCUCCAAAAGCUGAAGAAUCUUAUGAUGUAUUUUAUUUAGCUCCUGAAAUUGAAGAAGAGGAUGUGGAUACUGAGAAGGUCUGUGUUUAUGGUGUUGCUGCAGUUCUGUGGAUGGCUGCAAAAUACAGUGUUCCACUGAGUCACAAACUAGUAUUGCCAAGAAAAUUUAAAAAACUACUUCUGGAUAUGGCAAGAAAAAACCCUGAAGAAAGACCUUCUCUAACUGCUGCAAUUAAGACAUGCAAUCAUUAUUUACUUGAAGAAGGUAUAAACAGCAAAAAUAUUUUGAUAUUAUUGGGUAAACCCAUCUUUAAGGCUAUUGAGGAAAAAGUUUUGUCUCAAGAUCACGUUGCUUUUGAAUUUAAAAAUGAAAAACAUGAAAUGGAUCCUUCAACGUCAAGUCUAGGAUUUGUGCCUUGUACCAGUGACAGUAAACUUGUAGCAGUUAAAGGACCAGUACCAUGCCAGAUUUCACUAAAUUGUGAGAAGGCAACAUUGCCUGUUGCAUUCACCUCUCCUGCAACUCACUUUAAGCCUAUUAUUUUGCAACAAGAUGCAAAUAUAACAAAAGAGGUUCACACACCAGUUUCUGACCAGUUCAAGAAAGAGACAAGGAAAGAAAAGCAUAUGAGCCACAAAAAAUCAGGAUAUAUAGAGAACUCUGAAAGCUGUGGUAUUGAUGAUACAGGUGUUGUUGAAACUGUACCUGAAACACCUGAGUGUGAUUUACAAGUUCCAAGCCACUCAUUCCAGAUGUCUUCAGAAGAGCAAAAGUCAGGCAAUACGUUCACUUCUACAGUUAGGUUACCAUCACCAUCUGAUUCCUCACAUAUUCUACAAGAGAAGAGUAUUUUAUCUGACGAUCCCUCCAGCUCUUCAGCUUGUCCUACAUCUCCUAAUUUUCUUCAUAUAAAUAACAUCAUUCUCAAACAGAACUCAGAGAAAAGAGUUCUGACAUUUGUACCAGUACAUUUGGCCGUAUCAGAGCAAAUACCAAAUAAGCCUCUUCGCUCAAGGAUUGCUUAUGAUUGCUAUCACAGUUUGCCAGUGCUACUUUCAAAUACUAUUGCAAGUUAUAAAAUGAGCAUGCAAGCAGAAAAUGAUGCCUCCCUUUGCAGUGUGCAAAGUCAUGAGACUACUAGUACAGAGAACCAGUUUGAUGAAAGUAGCUCAGUUACUCAAACCAACUGCCAAGAAACUGAGUGUGCUACCAGCACAGACAGUUUUUUCACUGAGCAAGAACACACACCAUGUACUUCAGUGGAUAAAGACAGUUAUAAUUUCUUUGAUGAUAAAGCCUUGCCCCAUCAGAGCACAACAAGUGACACUUUAUUACAGGAAGUGAUUCAUCUUAUACAAGAGGAGUUUGCAUUUGAUGGUUAUUUAGAGAAUGGAACAGAAGUUUUUGAUAUGGGUAACUUCAUUUUAAACUUAAAGGAAAUAAAGUUUGGUAUGUUCUCUGAUAGAAUUUGUGAGAAAUUUUGUGACCUCUACUGGGAUGAAAAAUUACUGGAGAAUCUCUAUCAGGCAGUAAAUGGAGGAAGACCUUCACAUUUAUGCAUAACUGAGGCAGAUGAAGCAAAAUGCAACAAUAUAUUCCAAGAUGUGAAGAAAUCUGAAAGCUUUCUGGCAAGCAGUGAUCAGACACAGGGAAAAGGGGAAGUAAACUUCGAUGUGAAGGCUGAGCCAAUGAUAAAAACAUCAUUAGUUGACAUAGAUUUUGAUGAGUCACCUUUGGAUAAUAUCAAAAAAGAAUUGACUCUGCAGAGUACAAUCCCCAUAGCAAAAGAGCAACAAUAUUUGCAAAGCAAUGGCUGUGCUCCAGGCUUGGCAGAAGAAAGUACAAAUUCAGAGGAACAAGCCAUGAUUAAGAUAGCUGGAAACAGCUAUCUGACAUCUCCCAGUCUACCUGAUUUUUGUGGCUGCAGUCCUGGUUGGAGCAGUGCAUUUUAUGGAGCUGAAUGUUUUGAUUCAGAGGUUCAUAGUUACUUGAAAAACCUUGGAAAGCAGAAAUCAAGUGAGUCACAAAAUAUAGAUGCUAAAAAAGUGGAACUAGAACAAUUGCUAAUGAUUGAGACAAAAAAUUACAGAAAGACCGUAAAGUUUUACCAGAAACUAUUGCAGAAAGAAAGAAGAAGCAAAGGUCCUGAAACUAAAUCUAUGUUGCCCAAACUGAGAGGACAGCUACAAGAGAUGAAAUCAAAAGUGCAGUUUCUUGAACUGGUAAAGAAAUAUGUACAGAUGAUGUAUGCAGAGCAGUGGGGUGUGGAAUCCUAUGUGCUGCCUACAGUCAUUCACAGUGGGAAGGCUGACACCAUGGACAUGGCACCUGUGGAUGAAUCAUCAUUGCUCCUUUACUACAACACAGAGAAACACCAGUGUAACAAUCAAAAUGGAGGGAGAGUUCUGCAAGCCGGUACACCACUUGGUUUAAUGGCUUAUUUAUAUUCUAGAAAUGCCUUUAUAGAAGGUUAUGUGCAGCAGUUUCUUUACACAUUCCGCUAUUUCUGCACACAAGAAGAAUUUUUGAAGUUUCUUCUUGAUAGAAUCAGCAGCACUUUAUCCAGUGCAAGCCUGGAUCCUUCCACAUCCCUUACCAAAAUAUGUAACCGCAGUUUCUACAUCCUGCAGGCAUGGAUUGAAGACUGUUACAGUGUAGAUUUUGCAACAAAUACUGAUCUUCUGGGUACCCUAAAAGAAUUUAUUUCUUCCAAGGUUGCUUCAUUAAAUGGCUACGGGGAGCGCUUGUUGUCACUGCUCGAGGACGCCUCUGCCAGGAAAAGUGGCAGUGCUGAUCUUUCCUCUGGUAUGGACAAAUGUGAAGAGGAAAGUGAGGAGGGCAGAAAAACAUUACAUUCCCUGUGUAAAAAGCUCUCAGAAGAUGUUUCCAGAAAGAACUUCUACUGGAAACUGUCCAAAGGUGUGGGACCAAUUGCACAACAUCAGAGAGAGCGGCUGCACUCAGGGUCAGCAGUUUUGCCAAAGCCCUGCUGUAGCAGUGUCACUGCAGAAUCCUCGGUCUCCUUAGCUAGAGCCGAUGAAGUGGGACCAGUUCUCUUGAUUGAGUGCAGUGCCCAACAGCUUUGUUGGCAGCUGACACUACUGCAACAGGAAGUGUUUAAUAAAUGUCAUCCAGUACACUUCCUUAAUUCCAGAGCGCUUGGUGUUAAAGACAAAUGUGUUGCUGUGCCAAAGGCAGUUUCUGCUGAGGCAGUUUCACUUAAAGUCUGUAAUCUAUUUCUGUCGAAGUGCAUACAAGACCAGUACCUUCUGCAAUUAUUAAAAAAUGCAGACAGUAUCAGCACCUGGGUUGCUGCUGAAAUUGUAACGUGUCACACAACUAAGAGGCAGGUGAGCUUGUUAUCAAAAUUUCUUCUUAUAGCAAAAUGCUGCUAUGAACAAAGAAAUUUUGCUACUGCAAUGCAAAUCCUAGCAGGCUUGGAAAAUCUUAUUGUACGACAGUUGCCGGCAUGGAAAAUUCUACCUGCAAAAGUAGCUGAGAUAAUGGAGGAACUCAAGGCUGUUGAGGUGUUUUUAAAAAGUGACAGCUUAUGUCUGAUGGAAGGAGACAGAUUCAAAACGCUUCCAACAAUUCCAUCAGCCCAUGUUUUGGCUAUGCAUGUCCAACAGCUUGAAACUGGAGGAUUCACAAUGACAAAUGGAGCUCACAAGUGGACUAAACUUAGAAACAUUGCAAAAGUUGUGAGCCAAGUUCAUGCCUUUCAAGAGAAUCCUUAUACCUAUGCACCAGAUUUCAAGCUGCAGUCUUACCUCAGACAAAGAGUAACUCAUUUUAAAGAUGCAGACAUUUCUGCCUUGGCAGCUGACAACUGUGCCAACUUCCAUCAGAUACCAGCAGAAAAACAUUCUCGAAAAAUUCAGGACACACUGCGCAGGAUGAAAGCAACAUUUCAGUAAUUGAAAUCUGUGUUUCAGCUGUUCUAUUCUGAGUCUAGACUGUAAAACUGGAUUAAGCUGACUCCAUCUACUGGACCUAUUUCCAAGCAAAUACUGAAGUGAAGCGACAUAAGAUACUGUCUCAAGUUGAAAUUAUUAUAUUUCUUAACAUGGAAUUAUAAAAUGCUGACUAAUGGGAUUUGAAUCACUGGCAACUGGGUGGCAGAUCAAAAGAAGUAAAAGAGAGAGAAAAUUAGAGUAUAGAUGA